AUGUCGUCCAAUUCUCUUUCCCUCGAACCAACAGUCUGGAUUCUCCUUAAGGGUGUGUUAGGACUAAGUUCAGAGUACUAUGUGUUUGUACAGAAAGCAUUAGCAGAAAAAUUUGUCUGGAGAUUUACUGGGGGAUUUGGAUCGGUCUACUGUGGUACUCUUAAUGACGGGAGAAAAGUUGCUGUAAAAGUAUUCCAUGUACAACUUGAAAGGGCACUCGAGAGUUUAGACACAGAAUGUGAAGUACUACGGAACCUUCGCCAUCGAAAUCUAACCAAGGUCAUCAGCGGUUGCUCUAACAAUGAUUUUAAGGCUUUGGUGCUUGAAUUAAUGCCAAAUGGAAGUCUUGAGAAAUGGUUGCAUUGGCCCAGCUGUUUUCUAGAUAUGAAACAACGAUUAAACAUAAUGAUUGAUCUGGCAAGCGCAUUGCAUUAUCUCCAUAAUGGUUAUUCAAUCCCAGUCGUUCAUUGUGAUCUGAAACCUAGUAAUGUCUUGCUUGAUCAAGAUAUGAUUGCACAUAAUCUGGAUUGGAAGGACUCGUAUUCGACAAAAUGUGAUGUUUAUAGUUAUGGAAUCAUGCUGAUGGAAGUCUUCACAAGGACAAAGCCCAAUGAUGAAAGAUUCAACGGCAAUUCGAGCUUGAAGGGCUUGGUGCAAAGUUCUAUGCCUAAUGCUCCAUAUCAGAUUAUAGAUACCAACUUGUUGCAGGAGGAUGAAGAACACUUUGCAGAAAAGCUGGAUUGCAUAUCGUUUAUCAUGGAAAUAGCUCUAAAUUGCUCAAGAGAAUCCUCAAGGGAGAGGAGCAAUAUGGAGACAGUGCUUAGAGAAAUGAACAAUAUCAAGUAUAAACUGUUAUCAAUUGAUAGAAUGCACUAA